AUGUGUUGCUGCCAAAGUUCACGAGCCUGGUACCUAUUUGUCGUUUCAGUUUGGCUUCUGCUAACAGUGCUACGACAAAUUCUCGACUCAAUUGGCAGAUUAUGGAUACCAAUUGUUUUCAAUUCAUUCCAAGUUUUUUCAUGUAUUUGUGGACUAAUAGCAAUGAUUCAUUGGCAAAAACGAUUAAUUGUAGUCUUUAUGCUAUUCAGUUUUACUUCCAUAUUAUAUAAUAUUGCGCUUAUCUUAUGGUAUAAUGAAUUAUUUGCUAUCAGCCGUGACGUACCGAUACUUAGCGCUGGAUUUACUUAUUCUUACAGUUUUUUUCUCCGAUACACGCCAUCUUGCAAGUCGUACUAUAAUUUAACAAAUUUUCGUUGGAUACAACUGUCAUGCAUAGUACCUUAUUAUCAUAUUGAAAGUGCUCAAGCUCUUUUGCAUAUUUUCAUGGCUAAUUUUUCAAUUAUUUUAUCGAUUAUCUUUUUCUCGAAGCAAAAUUUCAAUCAAAAGUCUGAAAAACAAAUUGUCAAUAUGACCACUGACGAAAAAUUCUGCGCUGAUCGUUAUUUUAUGAGUGCUACGUUUAAUAAUAGUAAAAAAUAUAAUCAGGAAUAUUCAAAAGAGGGAAUUAAUUCAAUUAAUCAAGCAAUUAAUGAACAAUGUGCUAGGCCUAAAAACGGUUAUAUAAGACAUUCGGCUAAAAAAUCAGCACGAAAAGGUUACAAAGAAACAAUCAGUGCUUAUAAAAAUUUGAAUAAUUUCCAGAAACCAUUUACUAUAAAGCGUUCACAGUCGAUGACUGAUUUAGGAUGUAAUUGUCAACAAAUAGGACACAUUCAUAACCAACAAGCUUAUGAACCAAUAAAUAAAGAUGUCACAAAUGCAUCAAAAGCAACUGGGAUACUGAUGACAAAUUCAGGAUGUGUGUAUCGUAGUGGAAGUUUAAAAAAUUUUAAAAUGCCAACAACAGAAGGAGUGAGACGGAUUUUGUCACGUGAAGAGAUAAAUUUGGCAGGUAGCUAUCGAGCAAAAAAUACUUGUGCAAAUUCGCCAAAUACUAACUUAAAAUCGUUAGUCUCAUUUGAUCCAAAAAGUAACGUUUUGCUCCGAAUUCAUAAUCACAUUGAUGACGAUGAUGACGAUUACAAUGAUAAUAUUACUGAUAACAUUGACACUACUCGACGACACCAUCACCAUCCUCCACAACAACAACAACAAAAGAUCCUAGCACAGGUGGUGGAACAAAUUCCACAUCAAAAUGUAAAAUAUUCACCGAUGACUAAUUUCUUGACAACUUAUCAACCGAAGGACUUAAUCAUUGAUUGCUACAAUCUGACCAGUUACGAUCAAAUGCCAUCCAAUUUGUCACCACGACGAUCUGUUCGGUCUUCUAAACACAAUGAUAAGAAUGCAAUGUAUGAUAAAAAAGAACAAUGUAGAAGCACGGAGAAAUCUUCAGCAAUUGAUCACCAAAAAUCAACGAACGCAUUUGAUAUACCAAUUUUCAACAGUAACAAUUUUCUUGUUUGA